AUGUACACUAAUCAUCAGGGCACUGAUGAAUCAGUGUGCCCUGAUGAUCAGUGUGGCCCAGAAGUGCCACCUGUCAGUGCCCAUCAGUGCCACCGGUGCACAUCAGUGGCACAUAUCAGUGCCCGUCUGAGCUGCCUUUCAAUGUCACCCAUCAGUGCCAGUCAGUGUCGCCUAUCAGUGCCAGUCGUGUCGCCUAUCAGUGCCAGUCAGUGCUGCCUAUCAGUGUCAUGUAUCAGUGCUGCCUUUCAGUGCCCAUCAGUGAUGCCUGUCAAUGCCCAUCAGUGCAACGUACCAGUGCCACCUAUCAGUGUCCAUCAGUGCCACUAUCAGUGCCCAUCACUGCAGCCUCAUUAGCGCACAUCAGUGAAG